GUCAGCUGCCUAGCCAGCUAAAAUAGGGACCGCGUGGUGUCCUUAUUUAAUUGUCUCCUGUUUUUUCCUUUGUAGCUCAGUAUUGGUUGGUCUGGCUGCUGUGGAUGUUUGAAAAGCAUUUGUUAAACUAAGAAGCAUUUCGUUGUAUGUUUACAACGCUCCGUACAACCGUGUGGAAUGAUAAAACCAAUAGUGAUUAGUUUGGCUUUUUUUGACAAGUUAGCAAAUGGAACAUUUGAAAACUAUGAAAAUAUCCAGUUCACUAGAAUUUUUAUUAUUGUUUACCUUGAAGUAUAUGGACAUACUUUGGGGUGUUCACUUUUUAUACCUGUUCCGACUGUUCAUUACCAGGAUGCUGACAUAAUUAAAGCGCAUUUCAGGAAAUCAGGAGCCGCGACCCCUGUUAUGGACUACGAAAGGCCCAACGUAGAGACCAUCAAGUGCGUAGUGGUGGGAGACAAUGCUGUGGGGAAGACGCGGCUCAUCUGUGCACGGGCCUGCAACACCACCCUAACCCAGUACCAGCUGUUGGCCACCCAUGUGCCCACGGUCUGGGCCAUUGACCAGUACCGGGUCUGUCAAGAGGUGCUGGAACGUUCCCGUGAUGUUGUGGACGAAGUUAGCGUGUCCCUCAGAUUGUGGGACACUUUUGGGGACCAUCACAAAGACAGACGCUUUGCAUAUGGAAGGUCGGACGUGGUGGUGCUGUGCUUCUCCAUCGCCAACCCUAGCUCCCUCCAUCACGUGAAGACCAUGUGGUAUCUGGAAAUCAAGCACUUUUGUCCGCGGACACCCGUCAUCCUAGUCGGCUGCCAGCUUGACCUGCGGUACGCGGACCUGGACGCCGUCAAUCGAGCUCGAAGACCACUGGCAAGGCCUAUAAAACCAUGUGACAUCCUGCCACCAGAGAGUGGUAGGGAGGUGGCUAAGGAGCUGGGCAUUCCCUACUAUGAGACCAGUGUCUUUGACCAGUUUGGCAUUAAGGACAUCUUUGACAAUGCCAUUCGAGCUGCUCUCAUCUCUAGAAGGCACCUGCAGUUCUGGAAAUCGCACCUCCGCAAAGUCCAGAAACCUCUGCUUCAGGCUCCAUUCCUGCCCCCCAAGGCCCCCCCGCCGCUGAUAAAGAUUCCCGAGUGCCCUUUCGACAACACCAACGGCCCCCGGCACCUUCUGGACAGGCCACUCUGUGCUGAUGUGAUGUUCAUCCUCCAGGACCACAUCCAUGUCUUCGCUCACAGGAUCUACCUGUCUACCUCAUCUUCAAAGUUCUACGACCUCUUUCAGAUGGAUUUAUCUGAAGAGUCACCGUGCCUGGUUGUGACCAAGCGGCCUGGGCGAGAUCACCUGAUGAGGACCCUCAGCUUGGACACGGAGGAAGACGCGGCGGACCUGAACACACUCUCCCCCUGCUCCCUCAGGACAUCCAAGAGCGAUGGCACCUUGAAGAUGAUGAGUUUCAGCGGGAAGCACAGGAGGACAAAACUGUCCCUGGCUUCUUGGAGCAAGGCUUUCUACAGCAUCCACAAAGAGUCCGUCAUGAAUCCAGUGACCAACACCCUAGCACCCAUGACGGUGGUCAAGAUGGACUGUUCCAUCCAGCUUGGCCCAUUCUGUGCGGUCCUCCGUUUCCUCUACACGGGAGAGCUGGAGGAGAAGGAGAAGGACUUAAUGAAAAUUGCACAAAUAGCAGAACUUCUUGAGGUGUUUGAUCUCAGAAUGAUGGUGGAGAACAUCAUGAACAAAGAGGGUUUUAUGAAUCAAGAAAUCACUAAAGCAUUCCAUGUCAGAAAAGCAAACAGAAUCAAAGAAUGCCUGGCUAAGGAUACUUUUACAGAUGUCACGUUCAGGCUGGAUGAUGGAACCAUCAAUGCCCACAAGCCUUUGCUGAUUUCCAGCUGCGACUGGAUGGCUGCCUUGUUCGGAGGCUCGUUCAUGGAGAGCUCCAAUAACCAGGUCUCCUUUCCCAACACCAGCAGGGUGUGCAUGCAGGCAGUGUUGGAGUACCUGUACACCAAUCAGCUUUCUCCGCUGGCAGACCUAGACCCAAUAGAGCUGAUGGCACUAGCCAACAGACUGUGCCUUCCUCGCCUGGUAGCUCUGACAGAGCAGUAUGCUGUCAGUGAGCUGACAAAGGCUUCGAAAGAGGGCCAGGACAUAGAUGGAGAAGUCCUCACCUACCUUGAAAUUGCUCAGUUCCAUAAUGCUAAUCAGCUAGCUGCUUGGUGUUUGCAUCACAUAUGUACUCACUACAACAGCGUUUGUGCCAAUUACCGCAAAGAAGUCAAGUCCAAAUUACCUGAGAACCAGGAGUACUUUGAGAAGCACAGGUGGCCCCCAGUGUGGUACCUGAAAGAGGAGGACCACUACCAGCGUGUGAAGAAGGAGAGAGAGAAGGAGGAACUAGUCCUCAACAAGCACCAUUCCAGACGCAGGUGGUGCUUCUGGAGCACCUCCACCAUGGUGGCAUGAGAGCCCCGCUGCGAUUGGUUGCUUUGAUCAGGCUCUGUGAUUGGGUGCUAUGUUCUGGGACACCAUCAGCAUUUUAUGUCUGGCACUUCCACAUCUUGACCUUCAGAGAAUGUGCCUGUUGGUGCACUGAUGGUCUGUUUCCAUACAAAACACUGGGCAAACAAUAACCCUCUUCAGGUUUGAAGCACAAGCCGCCCACCCAGACAACACAGGUCAUCAAAGCGUAUAGUUCACACCACACCCAUUCCAGGGCAUCCCCACCACAUGUCCAACGCUCUCCAUAGUGACACCGCUUCCUGCGUACAGUGAAUGGAGAUUGUAUUUGUGGAUUGUAUUUGUGGCUAUUUUUCUCCAUUGAUGGCUCGGUUUGACGUGCUGAAAAGGCACCUAUGUCAAAUUAGUCGAUGUUUAAAGUCAUUUACAGCAUCCGUUAAGAUGGAAUGUACGGUAAAUAGAUCACACCAGGUGUCACUACGAGUGGCAUCUGUUUCCAUUGUAAAUGUUGAUUCAUCUGGUGAGGCAAUCAAGUACUUAAUAAGUCAUCACGGUGACAGUAGUUAUAGUAAUAAUCAUGUUUAGCCAGCUCCUGACGCAAUAAACGAUCGCUAGCUCUAAAGCAGUGAGAUCGUUCCUAACGCCAGCCGCCAUUCAAACCCUCGCGUGUCGAGCGGAAUGCUUGCCGUGCGUCUGUCACUGGUACACGGCCCUGUGAGCUCAGAGCAGCUUGAUUGUCAGGCUUAGCAGCAGCCUUGACUGGAUUUAGGCAGAACCGCGAAUGCAAUAACCUUUUUUUUUUUUUGCCUAUUCAAAAAGAGGAACCUGUCAGUGAGAGGCACCAUCUGCACCCUGACAGGUUUCAGCUGGGGCUGCAAAUUUCACACUUUUAUCUGCAGCUGUGGAAUUAUUUUUGUAAAACCUCUCAAUGUACUGGUGUUGCGCAGCAUUGAUAUCUGUGUUUAAAGAAUAGUCUCUUGUAAUUAGAAGGGCUUAGUACUGUAAAUUAGUUCAGGGUUUACUUGAUAUGGACCUUAACUCUAAAUUACAACUUAGCAGCUUCUCACCUAUUAUUGUGGUCAUUCAGCUAGCUGUUAUCUAUUUCAACAGUUAAUCACGGUCUGUUAAUGUCUAUCAAAAGAUAUGUAACAUAAGGCGAUAGAAAAGCUUUCAGUACUCUGUUAGGAGUGUACAAUGUGCAGAUAUUAUGGAGUGGAAUUCCAGUCAUGCUGUAUGAAUCCAGCUGCAGGUCUUCUGCCUUUGAAGAGCAUAUCUCUUUGUCGUAUUUAGGUAGAGGAGUUUUACGUGUUUGUGUAUAUUUUUGAGAAACUGUUCUAAGACCAUUUUUUUGCUGCUGCUGUUGAACUGGAAUAGUGAACCUUGAAACGUUGGGUUGGGGGGGACACAAGUAUUUGUUGGGUAGGUUUUUUUUUAAGCUUAGUCAACCAAAGCGGUCAUUGAAGUAGAUUGUCAAUCUUUACUAGAUACCAUGUGAUUGUCAUCGUUGGUGAACGCGCCAAACCUCUCAUCAGCUGCUAAAAAACCAAGUGGCUGGCUCAUUUGGUUCUUGCUGUCCAAGGCCUUUGAUCGUGCUGAUCAUUAUCUUUAAAGCUGUUUGUUUAAUUAUUUAUUUUUUAAAGGGAACACUAUUGAAUAAAUUGAUUUUACUUAA